AGUUUGACUUUGACAAGUGAAUAAACCUUGUGUUAGACUCUUGCUCCCCAAGUAUGUAUCAUGCAUCCUCCAAAUCCAAAAUUCUACUCCUAUAUAUAUAGACUAUGGUCAUUAUUUUCCUAAUCAAAUCAACUCUUUGAGCUCACAAAAAACAUAGCCAAGGAUGAAGAUAGAGGGUCGCCAACGUGGUCUUGUUCGGAACUAUCCCAUCAUUAUAACCUCCCUAUGGAGCCCCCGUCCCAACUCCAGGUAUGGUAACAAGUUGAAUUCCCCUCCUAUGGCUGGGUUGUUCACAAAGGCGUCACCAAAGCCCUCGAACCCAUCCAAGUUCACAGGCAAGUGUGGCAGAUCCAAAUACACAAUUUGCCAUUUACAACCUGCUGGAAAGGCCAAGGUGGCAAAAAAACUGAGGGGUUCUGACAUUAUUUCUAACUAUAGAUUGAUGAAUUUGAGGGUCACGAAUACUAGGCCACGCUUGACCUUUUCUGGGUUCUCAGCUGCUAAUAUAUUGGAUCAUUUGGCUGCUGAUCAUAUGGAUCUUGAUGAUUAUGAUGAUGAUGUUGAUGAGCACAAAAUUUGUCACUAAUAGAUCACUUUUCGUGAAAAAUUACAUUUCAUGUUUAAAUACACGAGGUACAAAAACAUGAGUAAAUAUUUAGGUUGCUCAAGGGCAACCCAAUUGAUUGUUGAUUCCGAUUGCUCAUCAAGUUACUGUAGAAAUUGUGGAGCUAAAGAUAACCAUGACGGUGAAAGAACGACUUUUGUAACAUGGGCAUUGUGUGGGAAAGGAACCAAAGAAUCGAAGAAGAUGGAGAUUGUUGUUUGGUGGAAGAAAUGUGAUCGUAGUCCAUUGAGAUGGACUGUAUUUACUGAAUAAAUUGUUGUACAAAGAUUUUCUUAUGCUUCUAAUGAUUUUGUUGUGUAAGCAAACAAUUCUUUACACCUGAAAUCAUGUAUAACCUGAGUUACUUAACAAGCUCUAGCAUUUUCAUGCGAGGGACUAAAUAAAGCAGGACAAUCUUGUAGUAAAUAUACA